CGCAGCACUUUCAAUGACCGAUCGGAUCUUGAGUGGUAUUUUUUUGUUAUAGAAUUAGACUGAGUUCCUUGACUUGCAUGACUCUGUUGGCGACUGUUCCGCCCUGUUGCCGGUCUCCGGCAUACUCAUGAAUCCGGCACUUGUGGACCCUGGGCAUCGUGAAACCGCUGAAUCAGCGGGAAAUUAAUAGGGUCUAUGACAUCAAUGUCGCAAAGUUCCAACUGAAGCUUGCAAGAGUUCUUGCAGAACUCCACUGCCUCUGGAAUCAUUUAAAAUUCCACUAUGUCUUAUAAAAGCAAGCAAUUCUCUCCAGAAUUCCCAUGACUUUCUCCAGCACAAAAUCUAUCGUCAGAGAAAACCGGCUUUAAUUCCUACCUUUGUUACAACACCGUCUCACUAUGGCUCAACAGAAGAAGACAGUGGUUGUUAUUGGUUCGACCGGCCUUCAGGGAGGCUCCGUCGUUCGAACACUGGCCAAAUCGAAGGACAGAUACACCAUCCGCGGUCUAACCCGGAAUGUCUCUUCCCCCAAAGCAGAAGCUUUGAAGAAGCUUGGCAUCGAAAUGCAUCAAGCCGAUGUCGAUGACCCAGACAGUCUCCGACGAGUCUUCGAAGACGCCCAGAUCAUCUUCGCCAUGACCGACUUCUGGCAACACAUGUCCGCUACCAAAGAAGAAGAACAGGGCAAGCGCAUCAUGGAUAUCGCUGCUGACCUACCUCAUCUCGAACAGAUUAUCUGGGCAAGCUUGCCUGACGCCAAUACUAUCUCCAAUGGGAAAUAUCCCCAUGUCUAUCAUUGGCAGAGCAAGGCAGCUGUAUCGGAAUAUAUCCAGACGGAGAAGCCUGCUCUUUGGAAGAAAACGACUGCGGUGCUGUUUCCGAAUUACUUUGAGAAUUGUUUGACCCAGCCGCGUACCUAUCUGCCCAUUAAGCAAGAUGAUGGGACUUAUAUGAGAUCCUUUGUGCUCCCUGAAACGACGCCUCUUCCAAACGUCGCCAUCUCUGAUACGGGAAAUUUAGUUCAAUACAUCCUUGAUCAUCCCGAGGAGUGUCGCGAAAAGAUAAUUGCCUUCUUUUCCGAGGCCAUUUCCGAAGGCGACAAGAUUGAGUCCAUGGCAUCUGCAUACGGCAUCGACAUUCGCUACAACGAGCUCUCUUCAGAGGAGUUUCAAUCCAUGCUGAGAAGCAAAAUGGACGAAACUUGCGCUUUGGACUUUACGGAGCAGCUGUUGAUCUUCCGGGACUUUGGCAUGAUCUAUGCUCGCCCCGAGUUCAUUCAAGCUAGCGAGCUUCCCGGUCUUGAAUUGAUGAAGUGGAAGGAUUUCAUGGCUGCCAACAACUUGGCUGAGUAUAUGACCAGCAACUAA